GAUCCCUUCCCACUUCCAUAUUUCCUUUCCACGUAUAAACAGUGUUGUUGAGGUAACAUAACAUAGGAAAUGCGGCAGUUCUUGCAGACGCACUGCUAAUUACAUUUACAUUAGAAAGACCUGUAUAAUUUAGUGAAGUACAUCGUGCACGAACAUUCAUAGGAACUGCGAAACUUUACAAAAAUAUUGGAAUAGUUAAUGCGUAAACGAAUAAGUUGAUUCCAUAAAUCAUAGGAAACGGAUUUAUUUGAGAGUUGAGACUAUAGUAUGUCAAAUUCCUCGUCGUACACUUAUUAACUAUUAAUUGUAAUGGAAUCGUACUGAUAUUUUUUUCUCAAAUAUUCCUCAACAGUUUUGUAACAUAUUCUGUGAGUCAAACCAACUUUUUGUGGUUAUUUCAAGUGUCGAGAAGAUUAAACAAACUACUGGUUUUCUUAUGAUUGAACUAAAAAAGGCACUUAUUCUCAUUGUUUAUAAUGAAUAAUGUUCAAGAAAGAAGUGCUUAUGAAUCAAGAAACAGAGAUGUUAAAGAUCAGGUAUUUGAACCUAAUUGGAAAAUGUCAGUUGGUGCACAAGAAGCCCUGAUACCAGCUCAAGGUUUAGAGUUGAAGAACACAAUUGAAGAGUUACACAAAAUUGAAACAUUUGAGAAUGUUGGAUGCAUUGAGAAAGAAAAUCGGUGUGAAUCUACUGAUGAUACUGAUUUCUCAAUGGGUUUACAAGACAAAUCUGAGCAGAAUGGGAAAAAGAAAACCCCAAUGUGUCUAGUCAAUGAGCUUGCUCGCCACCAUAAGAUACAGCCUCAGUAUCGUCUGACAGAGGAAUCAGGACCUGCUCAUCAGAAAACAUUUGUUGUGAACCUGAAAUUGGGUGAGGAGCAGUAUAGUGCAACUGGACAAAGUAUUAAGAAAGCACAACAUGCUGCUGCUGAACUAGCCCUUAAGAAGACUGAUUACCAAGUUCCUGAACCUAAACCUAAAGUGAAAUGCAUGUCAAACUCUCAAUGUGACAAACCUAUUACCCCAACUGUGGAACUUAAUGCUUUGGCUAUGAAGCUAAAUUUUCAACCUGUAUACACAAAUCUGGCGCCUUUGUCUAUUAAAUCCAAGAUCCAAGAAGAUGGUGAGCAAUCACCCGUGUGUAAAGGUGACUUUCGAUUAAAUCAAGUGGAUCAAAACGAAAGAUUUUUAAACGCCGAUUUUCAGCGUCAACAUACUCACACGUCUCAGCGAUUUCCCUCAAGCUCAAAUCAGAGAUACUACUUUAAUCGUUACCAACAAGCACCAGUGACGCAUAGAGUUACUUUAGCAGUUGGUCAUGUUUUCGUUACUGGUGAAGGACUUCAACCUCAAGCAGCGCGGCACCACGCUGCACAACAGGCACUAGAGCAGUUACGGGGCCAAACGUUGAUUGACAAAGUGCAAUUGGAUGAGGCUGCAGUUAUUAGCGAAGCCAACACGGACUCGGAUUUAAAAUCUCCCGUCUCCUUAGUUCACGAAUUGGCACUAAAGUUAAAUUUAACUGUAGAAUUUACAGUUUUGAAUGAGAGUGGACCGCCCCACAUGAGAAAUUUCAUCGUGCAAUGCAAACUAGGGGAAGUUACUACUCAAGGAGAAGGAAACUGUAAAAAGGUGGCCAAAAGAAAAGCAGCAGAGAUCAUGAUCGAUGAAUUAAAGAAGGUCCACCCUAACGGAGUCUUGCGUCCUUUGGAAGGAAAUACCGUAAGCCCACCACGCAUCCGCGUCAAAAAUAAAUCAACCAUCGCCAGGAAAAAGCCACGCAAUUUAGUCAAGGAUGUUACAUCUGCAUCUAACGGUUGCCUUGGCACAAAACCUCAAGAUCCAAUAUCUCAACUAGUUCAACUGCAGCAGGCGAGGAAAGAAAAGGAACCAGUAUUUACUGUUUUGUCAGAAAGGGGAAUCCCCCGUCAGUCCCCCGAAUUUGUUGUAGAAGUUGCUGUUGGCUCGGUAACGGCAACAGGUGUUGGAACUAAAAAAAAAGACGCCAAACGCGCUGCUGCUCUCAAGGCGCUGGAUGCUCUUGGUGAUUCCAGCAAGUCAUCUGCUUCUAGCGAUACAUCAGUUGCUGUUGAGACGCUCUUACAGGAUGCGCCACUCUCCAACAGCAAUUGCACAGGUCGUCAAAUGGUUCCGGGUCUUCUUUUAUUAGGAGGCGGACAGAGUAGGAAAAUUGACUCUCCAUUCAUAACCGAUUCAUCGAAUGCCACUGGAAUUAAAGAAACUACUCAAUCGUCUCGUCCGCCCAAGACUUCUGGAGGGUUGCGCCCGGAAAUACGUCUAAGGUACUUGGCCCAAGUACUGGAAUACGAGGUCGAAUUUUCCGAUUUUCCAAAGGGCAAGAAAGGAGAUUUCGUUAGCCUUGUGACCUUGAAUACACAUCCUCCGCAAGUGUCGCACGGACUGGGUGCCACUUUGGAAGAAGCCCAUGAUAACGCUGCUUCCAAUAUGAUGAAAUUGCUUUCUGAAGGGUCUCAAGAUGACACCGUUGGUCCCAACAAAGAAAACGCAGAUCAACGAAGCACAGGACCCCAAUAAUUUUGUUUUUCCUAUAAUGCCCUGUUUUAUGUGUUGAGAUUUGAAAUGAGAUUGUCUCAUAUCUAUUUAAUUUAGUUUUUGUGUCAUUUAACUUAAUAUUCAAGCACGAUAUCACGAUUUUUCUUUUGUUUUUCCUUUGUGGGUUUGCAGUCAAAACUAUUUUUCUUUGUAUUUCACUCUUUUUUUCCCCCUUCUACAUUGUACACGGUUCAGCUUUUUAUUUCAUUAUUUUUCAUUUAACGGUUAUUUGUAUUUAUUUUCAAAUAAAAUCAGGAGCUUAUCUCUUGCUGACUCUUUAUAAUGUGUGGAAGAAAAAAGAAGAAUUUUGAAAAUGAAUAAUCUGUACCGUUGACUAAAAGAACGAAAAUCAGAAAAAAAUUGGUUCAAGUUCUAAGAUUAUGCAAUCAUACUGAUCAUACUUUUACGUAAUACUGCACUACUGCAUUAAAGAACUUACGUUUUUUUUUACAUGGCGCAGCGUGAUACCUAUAUUUGCAGCACACAUUACUAGUGGCUGUUUUAUGUAACAGCGCUAGCCAAAAUGAAAAUUAAUUUCAUGCAUGGAGGGGGGGGGGUUACCGCAUGCGAAUUAGGCAAUUUCUUUUAGUUCGAUCGGUUGACUCAUCGAGAAUGGUCGAGAAGUGUUCCGCUGGAGCCAAACUAUAGCCCGUCACAAACGCCCUCUACUGACAAAUUUAUAAGUUCUUUGAGCAACAUCGUUCUUCAUUUGUUUCUCGUAACCGCCAAUCAGAUCUUUCUAAACUUAAAAAAAAUCCGCCAUCUUUUCUCGGCACUUUUUUCCUCGCCGCGUGUGGGUCGUGGUGCGACGGGUUAAAGCUGUUUUCUUGCAACAGUAUCUGAUUUCCGUAUUGAUUGAUAAUUUCUAAAACAGUCAUGUGGGAAGAUAAUUUAGGUAAAGUCAAGGCAAGGCGGAGCAAAAA